AGUGCCCUACUCUCGACUGGCACCAAUGGAAAGCGCUUCUAGUGCAGUCGAUGGCCAGAAGAACCAAUCCUGCUCUUCCAGGCAGACGCACGUAGAAGCGGCGAGGGGGGCCCCGGAAUUUUGGCUGCUCGGACUCUGGGAUCCUACACUCCCUUCGCGUGCCUCCUGUUGAAGAGCAGAAACUGACGGUUGUUUAAACCAAUCAACCCCAGAAACUUUCCUGGGCACUUGUCCAAUCGGAAAAUAGAAGGGCAGUUGUCUUCUUGGUAUUUGAAAAGGGGCUGUCCAAUGAGGCGGAGUUUGAGAGGGUAGUGGCGAUGAUUGAUUACUCCUUUAACCAAUAAGGACUACGAUCUCUCUCGCCUCAGAAAAAUCUUAACUCCGUCUUCAGCAGGAUCUGUAAUAAUUCAUGAGUCUACUUUUUCAACAAAAUCAUUUGGUUUAGACACUGAAGGUCUCAGAAGCGAAGAUUGGCACUCCUCAAAAUCCCACGACGGACAACUCAAAGCCUCUUACAGAACAAAAGUCCUCUCAUGGAGGGGGCGUCACCCCUGGGCAAGCCAAGCCGCUGCCCAUUGGCCCCAUGGUCCCCGUGACAGACGUCCUCUCAGCCCAAUGACUUUCUCCACUAGAGGCGGGUCUCACAUAGCGGGCCUAUGGGAGCCUGCGUCGGCUCAACCAAUAGGGUCAAGGCAGGGGCGUGGCGGGAGGUUUGAAACUCAGCUUCCGCGGGUUAAGGCUUGAGUGGCUGUGCGCGUAAAAGUGGAUCUGGGGCCUGGCAUCCCCUCCUCGCCCUGGGCCGGGCUCUGCCCACCCUAUUCCUCCUGGUUGAGAUGGGCUCAGCCAAGAGCGUCCCAGUUACUCCAGCGCGGCCUCCACUGCACAACAAGCAUCUGGCCCGAGUGGCGGACCCCCGUUCACCUACUGCCGGCAUCCUUCGCACUCCCAUCCAGGUGGAGAGCUCUCCACAGCCAAACCUACCAGCAGGGGAGCAGCUGGAGGGUCCUAAUGAGGCCCAGGACUCAGAUCCCCGUUCUCCUACCCUUGGUAUUGCACGGACACCUAUGAAGACCAGCAGCGGAGAGCCCCCAAGCCCACUGGUGAAACAGCUGAGUGAAGUAUUUGAGACCGAAGCCCCCAGAUUGAAUCUUCUCCCAGAUCCUGGUCUGCCCCCAGAGGCACCUUCAUCUUCUGAAUUAGACUUGCCUCUGGGCACCCAGUUUUCCCUUGAGGACCAGAUGCCACCUUGGAGCCAAACUGAGCUCCCCUCCAAGCAGGCAUUUUCCAAGGAGGAAACAGGACAGCCCUCAGAAACCUCUGUGGCCAGCCAGGGCUCAGACAAGCCCUUGAGAGACCCUGAGACUCCCCGAUCUUCAGGUUCCAAGUGCAACAGACAGAAACCAAAGGGGAAAGUACUAGGAAGAUCUCCCCUCACCAUCCUGCAGGAUGACAACUCCCCUGGGACUCUGACACCACGACAGGGUAAGUGGCCUUCUCUGAGUGAAAAUGUUAGGGAACUAAAGGAAGGGGCCAUUCUGGGAACUGGACGACUUCUGAAAACUGGAGGACGAGCAUGGGAGCAAGGCCAGGACCACGACAAGGAAAAUCAGCACUUUCCCUUGGUAGAGAACUAGGCCAUGUGUGGGUCCAGCACUGGGUUCCCUAGGGGCCUAGUGACAUUCCCUACACUCACCCCUUCUCUCCCUGGGAGACUGGACAGGCUUGUUUUCUUUAACUCCACCUAAACUACCAACUCUGGGACUGAGAGCUUCCUUGGGCUUUGUUAGUGUCUUAUGUGUUUCUUGCAUAUUAAAGA